GUGGAUAUUCAGAGUGUAAGAAGGAUGAUGCUCGAGCACAGCUUAUGAAAGAGGAUCCAGAACUGGCUAAGUCUUUCAUUAAGACGUUAUUUGGUGUUCUUUAUGAAGUGUAUAGUUCCUCAGCAGGACCUGCGGUCAGACAUAAGUGCCUUAGAGCAAUUCUUAGGAUAAUUUAUUUUGCGGAUGCCGAACUUCUGAAGGAUGUUCUGAAAAAUCAUGCUGUUUCAAGUCACAUUGCAUCCAUGCUAUCUAGUCAAGACCUGAAGAUAGUAGUCGGAGCACUUCAGAUGGCAGAAAUCUUAAUGCAGAAGCUACCUGGUAUUUUUAGUGUUUACUUCAGAAGAGAAGGUGUAAUGCAUCAAGUAAAGCAUUUAGCAGAGUCAGAAUCUUUGUUGACGAGUCCACCAAAGGCUUGUACAAAUGGGUCAGGAUCCUUGGGCUCCACAACGUCAGUUAGCAGUGGAACAGCUACAGCCGCCACCAAUGCUACAGCUGAUCUGGGAUCACCCAGCUUGCAGCAUAGCAGAGAUGAUUCUCUGGAUCUGAGCCCUCAAGGUCGAUUAAGUGAUGUUCUAAAGAGAAAACGACUGCCCAAACGAGGGCCAAGAAGGCCAAAGUACUCACCUCCAAGAGACGAUGACAAAGUAGACAAUCAAGCUAAAAGCCCCACUACCACUCAGUCACCUAAAUCUUCCUUCCUGGCAAGCUUGAAUCCAAAAACGUGGGGAAGGUUAAGUGCACAGUCCAACAGCAACAACAUUGAGCCAGCACGAACUGCAGGAGUUAGUGGUCUUGCCAGGGCUGCCUCAAAGGACACUCUAUCCAAUAAUAGAGAAAAAAUUAAAGGUUGGAUUAAGGAGCAGGCUCAUAAAUUCGUGGAGCGUUAUUUCAGUUCUGAGAAUAUGGAUGGAAGCAACCCUGCACUGAAUGUCCUUCAGAGACUUUGUGCUGCAACUGAACAACUCAACCUCCAGGUGGAUGGUGGAGCUGAGUGCCUUGUAGAAAUCCGUAGCAUAGUCUCGGAAUCAGAUGUUUCAUCAUUUGAAAUCCAGCAUAGUGGAUUUGUGAAGCAGCUGUUGCUGUAUUUGACAUCUAAAAGUGAAAAGGAUGCCGUGAGCAGAGAGAUCAGAUUAAAGCGAUUCCUUCAUGUAUUUUUUUCUUCUCCACUUCCUGGAGAAGAGCCCAUUGGAAGAGUAGAACCAAUGGGUAAUGCACCUUUGUUGGCAUUAGUUCACAAGAUGAACAACUGCCUCAGCCAGAUGGAGCAAUUUCCAGUCAAAGUGCAUGAUUUCCCUAGUGGAAAUGGCACUGGAGGAAGAGGAUCACAGGCUUUAAAAUUUUUCAAUACUCAUCAGUUAAAAUGCCAGUUACAAAGACAUCCAGAUUGUGCAAAUGUGAAGCAGUGGAAGGGUGGACCUGUGAAGAUCGAUCCCUUGGCAUUGGUACAAGCUAUCGAGAGAUACCUUGUAGUUAGAGGUUAUGGAAGAGUAAGAGAAGAUGAUGAAGACAGUGAUGAUGAUGGAUCAGAUGAGGAAAUAGAUGAGUCUCUGGCUGCUCAGUUCUUAAAUUCAGGAAAUGUAAGACACAGGCUACAAUUUUACAUUGGAGAACAUUUGCUGCCCUAUAACAUGACUGUGUAUCAGGCAGUGCGGCAGUUCAGUAUACAGGCUGAAGACGAAAGAGAAUCCACGGAUGAUGAGAGCAAUCCUUUAGGGAGAGCUGGUAUUUGGACAAAGACUCAUACAAUAUGGUACAAACCUGUGAGAGAGGAUGAAGAAAGUAAUAAAGAUUGUGUUGGUGGAAAAAGAGGAAGAGCCCAAACGGCUCCAACAAAAACUUCCCCCAGAAAUGCAAAAAAGCAUGAUGAGUUAUGGCACGGUAAGAUAAUGUAUCAGUUAUCCUAAAUUUCAGUGGUUUGAUUUUACUCUUCUCUGACCAUUUUAUUAUUAACUGUUGUUUCUGAUACAGGGGAGAGGUGCAAAUUGUGAUUUAUAAUCCUAAUGUUUUCCUACAUGCAUUUUUUUUAUGUUUUACAGAAUGCAAUGUGCAAGGAGAUUAUUCCAACUAGUGAAUUUAUUAACAGUAAGUUGACAGCAAAAGCAAAUAGGCAACUUCAAGAUCCUUUAGUAAUCAUGACAGGAAACAUCCCAACAUGGCUUACUGAGUUAGGAAAAACCUGCCCAUUUUUCUUUCCUUUUGAUACCCGGCAAAUGCUUUUUUAUGUAACUGCAUUUGAUCGGGACCGGGCAAUGCAAAGAUUACUUGAUACCAACCCAGAAAUCAACCAGUCUGAUUCUCAAGAUAGCAGAGUUGCACCUAGAUUGGAUAGAAAAAAACGCACCGUGAACAGAGAGGAGCUGCUGAAACAAGCUGAGUCUGUGAUGCAGGACCUGGGCAGCUCCCGGGCCAUGUUAGAAAUCCAAUAUGAAAAUGAGGUCGGUACAGGUCUUGGGCCUACACUGGAGUUUUAUGCACUUGUAUCUCAGGAACUGCAGAGAGCUGACUUGGGUCUCUGGAGAGGUGAAGAAGUAACUCUUAGCAAUCCCAAAGGAAGCCAAGAAGGGACCAAGUAUAUUCAAAACCUCCAGGGCCUGUUUGCGCUUCCCUUUGGUAGGACAGCUAAGCCAGCUCAUAUCGCAAAGGUUAAGAUGAAGUUUCGCUUCUUAGGAAAAUUAAUGGCUAAGGCUAUCAUGGAUUUCAGAUUGGUGGACCUUCCCCUUGGCUUACCCUUUUAUAAGUGGAUGCUGCGGCAAGAAACUUCACUGACAUCACACGAUUUAUUUGAUAUCGACCCUGUUGUAGCCAGAUCAGUGUAUCACCUAGAAGACAUUGUCAGGCAGAAAAAAAGACUGGAACAGGAUAAAUCCCAGACCAAAGAGAGUCUACAAUAUGCAUUAGAAGCCCUUACUAUGAAUGGCUGCUCAGUUGAAGAUCUAGGAUUGGAUUUCACGCUGCCAGGGUUUCCCAACAUCGAACUGAAGAAAGGAGGGAAAGACAUACCAGUCACGAUCCACAAUUUAGAGGAGUACUUAAGAUUGGUUAUAUUCUGGGCACUAAAUGAAGGUGUUUCUAGGCAAUUUGAUUCCUUUCGAGAUGGAUUUGAAUCAGUUUUCCCACUCAGUCAUCUUCAGUACUUCUACCCAGAGGAACUGGAUCAGCUCCUGUGUGGCAGUAAAGCAGACACUUGGGAUGCUAAGACGUUGAUGGAGUGCUGUAGACCUGACCAUGGCUACACUCAUGACAGCCGGGCAGUGAAGUUCUUGUUUGAGAUUCUCAGUGGUUUUGAUAAUGAGCAGCAGAGGUUAUUUCUCCAGUUCGUGACUGGUAGCCCACGGUUGCCUGUUGGAGGAUUCCGGAGUCUGAAUCCACCAUUAACAAUUGUCCGGAAGACGUUUGAAUCAACAGAAAACCCAGAUGACUUCUUACCCUCUGUAAUGACGUGUGUGAACUAUCUUAAGUUGCCGGACUACUCAAGCAUUGAAAUAAUGCGUGACAAACUGUUGAUAGCAGCAAGAGAAGGGCAGCAGUCGUUCCAUCUUUCCUGAUCACAGCAAGAAAUCAGUGUCUGCCUGUUACAACAAAAGAAAAAAAAAAUCAUGAUUUCUUUUCUAAAUGUAUCACCUGAGUCAAGGAAACAUGUUACGCCUUCUUGUUGUAGGAAAAACGACUUGCAGAUUAUAAAAGAGACACUUGGUUGAUAUUCAUUAAUGGCCCCAUGGACUUAAAGUGAUCAGGCCCUAAAAUGUUGUUGUGAUGAGGUUUCUUUAGCAAGUUCUUGUUUAAAUUAUCAUUUAUUUGAUGAGUGAAGUUUUUAACUUGCUUUGCUGUGUGAAAUUUAAAAAGGGAUGUUUUUCCAGGCUGAACAAUAAAUGUCGCUGUGCAGUUUAAUUCUGGGCUGUGUGUAUCCAUCUAGCUAAGUCUGCAGUUUUGUUUCCUCCAAAGACAACUCUUGUACAUAAGUACAGAAAUGAAAGCUCACAUGUAUUUGACAACUAUAGUUUAUUAGCUGGGCUCUGUGCUUUUCACUUCCCUCUCAUUUUCUCUCCCAGACUCAUUAAUUGUGCAGGUUUUUUGUAUACAACACCCACAGUUGUGACGUUUUCAUUAGCCAUGGGCUUUUUUUGUUGUUGUUGUUGUCCUAUGUUUUCUCAAAUUAAGAUAUAAUUUAAAAUUCAUUGAAUUGAAAUAUAGUGUCAAUAUAAGUCAGCCUUUGUAACUAGGUAGACUUUUCUUAUAGGUUAGUUUUAAUAUAGGGUAUUACUGGCUUUUUGCCAGGUCACACACUAGGACUGUUUACAUGGUGGUUCUGGCAGCAACAGCCUCUGGAAUGAGGCAGGAAAGUUAAUUUCUUUUGUGUAGGUUUAAAAAGUCUGUGGCUUGGGCUGGCCAGUAUUUAUUCUAUGGCCAGAGCAUUUUAAAUUGAUGUAAAGUUUUAAACAAAUUAGUAAUUUUCAUUCCCUGUUGGAGUAAAAUUUUUUCUUUUUGUUUUAAGUUGUUUUCAGUUUUCUUUUAUUUCACUCUUGUCUUGCCCUUCUCCCAGUGCUGAUUUGGGACAGUUAAACCUGUGUCUCCACACAGAUAAAAGCACCUGUAAGCAAUGCUGUCCAUUUGUUUUGUGUGCUGAUUUCUCAAAUCUGCAAUAAUCCAUCAGGUCAAUGUUUUUACCUGAAAAUAAAGAAAGUUUGCUUCACCUUUUUGUUUAUAGUUCUGUGCUGUACUCAUAACAUUCAACUGUACAGAUGAAUAGCUAUACUGCAGUAGAAAUCAGUCAUCACAUCUCCGUGAUUUGGGUCAUGGUUGAUUUUGGUAUUUAAACAAUUUGUCAGAACAACUUGAAGAACAUAAAAUGUGGAAAGAAAAUGGGGGGAGAUUCCUUACUUCCUCCCUCCCUUCCCUCUCCCCUUCCUUCUUCCCCUUAUUCCUUCCCCUUCCUCCUUCCCUCCGUUUCUUCUUCCUUCCCACCCUUUGAAAAUGAGAGGUGAGUCAAUUUUUUUAACUGAAUUUUGAGAAAUCAAUUUUACUGACUCUUCCAAAGUCUACUUAAAUGGCAUAGAAGCCCUUCACUGCAUACCAUCAUUCAUAAGAAGUUGUAGUGGCUUGUUUUGUUUAGGUUGCAUUGUCAUUUUACACCUCAAGGGCCUUACAUGGAAACAUUCCCUGCUGACAGCUAACUUGGACAGUUAUCCCAGUAAGUGGGAAGGAGCUAUUGGAGGAACUGGGGACAUGAGAUUCUCUCUGUCCUUGCAGAGGCCGAUGAAUGAGCAGCUUCACUGUUGAAAUCCAGCAAGGGAGCUGGGUUUCUGCUGUUCCGCCACUGACAGGCAGAGGAGCUCAACAGCUCCCUCAAGUAAACUAAUA